UUAAAUCCCGCGGAAAUCAAACUAUUUCCUCCCAAGAAGAAGACGAAGAAGAACUGCAAACAUAAACAUGGAAGCUGAAACUAGCAAUAAAAGCGUCACAGAAGCUAAUGAUGCGGAGCAAAGUGUCAGUUUUCAACGUGUCAAAGCUGUAGCUACGGGGUGGAUAGUGGACUUCGUGUUUGUAAGUCUGUGUCGACACUUCAAGGAAGGAAAGUUCGAAGAUUUCAAUGAGACGCUUACAGUUUUCGAGGCCAUAUCGCAGAGUUCAUCUCCAACGGCAGACGAAUACGCAGAGAAGACAAUGAUAUGCGCCUUCAUCGCCAGAGUCAUGCAUGGGAAGCACUUGGAUUCCCAGUUUGAGGAGGAUGACUCUGUGAUGCCUCUCGUGUCUGCUGCCAAAAUAUGGUCGAGACUGGAGGUCACUGUGGCAGACGAAAGUGUGUUUGAAAACAUAACUGUUCUUUUGUGUGUUCAGUCUGUGGCUGUGUGCUUGGAGAACGGCCAAACAUCUUCUGCUUCCUCAGCUCUCAACUGGUUCAAGAACAACUAUGAGCUCCCUCAGAAAGUGAGAGCAAAGCUGGCAACAAUAGUGUCACAGAGGGAAACUUAUGACCCGUUACUCAGGCGCUUCAGCUUUAACAAGUUGCUGGAGACAGUCAAGUCUUUCUUGGAUGCUUAUCUUCAAAAGAAUCCCUCUGACAACCUUCUAAAGGAAGCCACAAAGAUGGUCCUGUCGUCACAGAACUGUGAGGCUUUAGAGGACAGUGGGACAGAGGACGCAGAGACAGAGGACACAGAGACAAAGGACAAAUCUCUCUCUGAAACGGCCUGCAAAAUGAAAGUAGAGGAUGUGAAGAAAAAGGAGGGAACUGUUUUGAGAACAAAACGGAAGCUUAUGUCAACAAAAAUCACUGACGUAUGGAAACCUGAUUCGUGCAAGAAGCCAUGCGUCUCCAUCAGAAGACUCUCCAAGAAUGAGUUGUCUGAGAUAAUUUCAGACAAGUCAUUGAAUACAACCGUGGUCCAAAAGAAAAGAAAAACAAGGCAGAAAUGGACAUGGCAGCUGGACACGUACCUCAGGAAGGGUGUGGAUUGUCAUGGCCCGGGAAAGUGGUCUCGCAUUUUACUGGACUAUGACUUCGAAGGACGCACAGCAACCAUGCUCAAAGACCGAUGGAGAGUUUUACUGAAGUCACAUGCAGUGAGCUGAAGAGGGAGAGGAACCAUCCCCAUUCUUUACUGAUGCAGUCGACUUAUUGUAAUGUUCUUUUACAUUCUCAAACAUUCUUUUAUGUUAUUGACGUUAUACUUUGCUAUUUGCACUGAAAGAAAUGCACCACUAGAGGGCACCUGUGACAGGGCAAUAAAUGUGGUUAUUUCUAUUGUAUAUAAGAUGAUUUGAUGGGUGAUGUAGCAGUUUACCUUGUACAUGAAGUUGGACGAACUUUGUUCCUUUAUUGCUCGGGUGCAUUUUGUUUGCUUUGUCCUGC